CUUGGUGUGACCAGCGUACAGUGCUGAUGUGAUUAAAGGUCACAGCGUGUAUAUAAGAACGACCAGCAGACCAGUGUCAAAUCACCAGCGAGCAUCUCCCCAACAGAACCUCUGGCUAUCAUUUGAUCCACAGCGUUCUCUCUGUGAAGAUGUUGGCGGCGUUGGUUCUGGUUUUGCUGGUGUUCAGUGUGACUGAGGGAAGGAUCAUGAGUAAAUGUGAGCUGAAGGAGCAGCUGGAAGCAUCUCAGAUCCAGGUGUUUAGAUCCAUUGGAGACCAAACGACCAAGGACAAACACAUCACUAGACUUGUUUGUAAUUUGGAAAACACUUCCGGCUUCAACACCAGCCUCGUCACCAGCAUCCAGAUCAACCAAGAUGAGAUUAGACCUGCAUUACAAAUUCCCCCCAAACCAAAGGAGGAAAAAACCCCAGAAAAGGAAGAAGAUGAUGAGAGACUGGAAGAGGAACACAUAAUCCCUGUUAAACCACAAAGUCCUCCCAAGGGAAGACGUGCAAGAUCUCUCCCCGAGGGCAAGAACGUUGAGAUGCUAGAAGCAAAGGAGCCUCUCUGGACAUGGCACCAUGGUCUCUUCCCCGAAAAGAUCCCCGCAGACUCGUCUGGAAGUGGUCCAGAGACGAUGUCCGAGGAGGACAGCUCUGGAGAGAGCUCGGGGGAAGAGGGGCGUGAUGAUGUCAUCGCCUGGAACCUGUUGGGAAUCUUCCAGAUGAGCGACCGCGUGGCCUGUGAUCCCGGAUCGAGCGCAUCGCUGAACCUUUGUGGUCUUCAGUGCAGCGCUCUCGUUGAUGAUGACAUCUUUGAUGACAUCGCUUGCUUGAAGAUUUUGGCAGGAAGCAGCAACAAGUUGUUGGCAAUGCUGCAGGUGAAAGAGUGUCGCUCUGUCCUUCCUUCCAAAUACUUCGCUGAGUGCUCCUAGUACAUCCAGGCAGAUGAAGCUUCUCCAUCUGAAGGCUGAAACAUCUUCACCACUCAACGGUGGAGCCGUUUUUCAAUCAUAAGGAAACUCAACACCUACGUUUUUGCACAUUUAAAAACCCCAUGACCUUUUGUUAAUGUAUAUCAGCUUUGACAGCAUUUAUAUGCUAAUGUACACAGCAAAAUCUCCAGUGUUAAUUUAACACUCUUGAGUGUGGACUCAUAUAAACACUAAAGCAGUGUUAAAAGUAACACUGAAGCGGAGUUGAAGUUAAUGAGAUAAUUAAGAAGUUAAUUGAGUUAUGAUUGACCAUUAUUGAAGACACCUGAUGUUAACAAGCAGAAUCACAAACGAGAAAAAUCACAAUUUGUGUAUCACCAUUAUAGUGGUCAAUGUUUGCUUUAGUUGGGAUCUUGACCCUUCAGUUAUUAGCUUUAGAUUUUAUGUGGCUGUGGUGACUGAAUUAUAUUAUACAGACAGACCACAGCAAAGGCAAUCAUGUGUGCCAUUGAUUGUGAUUUGAGCUAUUUGUUAUAGAGUGACCUGAAUGCCUGAGUUUCUUUACUGCAUACAUAAAUUAAGUGAAAAAGAAAAGUAAGCAACCCAGAAUUUCUGACAUAGUAUGACAUGUUUUUAAUAGUUAGUUCUACGUAAAAAAAAGAAAUAUUUUGUUUAGACACACAGACAUCAUGAAUCAGCGUGAGCAUCACAACAACGGUGACCAUCAAAAAAGCAUGUUGUAGCCAAUAAAAACUCAUCCAUGGCUCCCAUCAUGCAUUGCGGCAUGAAUAAAUUAUGAGCUGAACUGUCUUUUAACUUUUUAUUCUAACUAUAUUUUAUUUUUGUUGUUUUUAUGUUCAUUUUGAAUCUAGUUUUGUGAUGUUCAGAGUUGGUCUGUUUAUCUGAAUAUGUUGUUUGUCACCGUUGUUGAGAUUCAUACGCUGAUUAUUGUUAUCUGUGUGUGCCUAAAAUUAGAAUUCUUUAAUUAAAAAAAAAAAAUCAGAAUCACUUGCAAGAGAUACCUACAAAAUGUAUAGAAAAUACAGAUUGUUUCAUUGUGAAAUCAAAGCUGUGACAAUCAAUAAUGGAAGUUUUACUUUGAGAAAAGACUGUAAACGAGUUCAGUGACUCAUGUCAAACAAGGAGUACAUUAAAACAUAAUCAUCAACACAUGAUGAUUUUUGCUCUUGGUUUGACAAACAAACUUUAAAAGUAAAAAGUUACAAGCCAAGAUCCCAGCUAAAGCAAACACUGACCACUAUAAUGGUGACACACAAAUUGUGAUUUUCUCGUUUGGUGAUUCUGCUUGUUAAAAUCAGGUGUCCUCAAUAAUGCUUAAUCAUAACUCAAUCAACUUCUUAAUUAUCUCAUUAACUUCAACUCUGCUUCAGUGUUACUUUUAACACUGCUUCAGUGUUUAUAUGAGUCCACACUCAGAGUGUUAAAUUAACACUGGGGAGUGUUAAAUUAACACUGGGGAUUUUGCUGUGUACUCCUAAAUCCUGAGAAAAUGAACUUUUAUGCAUUUGAAACCUUCAACUUCCUUUGUCCAAUAAAAAACUGUGUAGAAUAAAAAUAUACCUUUUAAAGCAUAUAUAAAAGGCUUGCUCAUGGCAAGAAAUAGCGUUUAGAAAAUCAUGAUUCAUGCCUGUGUCAUAAACUCAAAGCAAAGAAACAAGAAGUUUGUUUUUC